AUGGUUGCUGUAUCAUCCAUGCGUGUUGGGGGGCCUGUGGCACCUCGCACGCUCGCAGCCACAGCCGAGACCAUCAGCGACGUGCAGUCGCUGUACCAGUCGCUGCUGUACGAGUAUGACUACGAGGUGGAGCAGGCCUGGGGCAAAAGGGGCCCAGGGUUCAGCAGCGACGGGCGGCCGCAGCGAUGGGCGGCGCUGCUGGAGGCGGGGCGCGGCUCUUUGUGGCUGGGCCGGCCGGGUGCAGGGAGGGCGCAUGUGGAAGGCACCAUUCCCUCGGACCUGGUAGGAACAUACGUGCGCAACGGCCCCGGCCUCCAAGUGAACAGCGGCAAGACAAAGCGCCACACGUUUGACGGCGACGGCAUGCUCCUGCAGUUCACAUUCCCCGGGGGCGAGGGCGGCCGGGUGCGCUUUAAGAACAAGUUUGUGCGCACAAAGGGCUUUUUGGAGGAGCAGGCCGCCGGCCGCCCCACCCUCCGCACCGCCUUCACCCGCGGCUCCGUUGAUGGAAACCCCUUCUUCAACCCCUUCGACUUCAACCUCAAGAACUGCGCCAACACCGGCGUCCUCGCCUGGGCCGGGAAGCUUCUCGCCCUCUAUGAGUCAGGCCUGCCCCACGAGCUCGACCCCAGGACCCUCGAAACAGUGGGGGAGAGCACUGUGGGCGGCCAGCUAGAGACGCCCGUCCUGGCCGCGCACUACCGCGUCGCCCCGCGGCGCGGCGGGGACGGCAACGGCGACGGCGGCGGCGUGCGCGACUGGGUCGCGUUCUCGGCCAACACGGGGCUGUCCGGGACGGAGCUGAUAUUCUACGAGUUCGAGGAGGGUUCCGGGAAGCUGCGGCACUCGCCCACGCGGGCGGUGCUGCCGGGCACACGGAUGGCCCUCGUCCACGACAUCGCGGUGACUCAGGAUUACUACGUCGCCCACGUGGGCCCCCUGGAGUUCUCGGGCGCCAAGUUUGUCACCGAGUACUUCACGUCCCGCUGCUCCAUCGCCGAGUGCCUGCAGUACACCCCCGACAAGCCCUCCAAGAUAUGGCUCGUCCCGCGGCCGACCGGCACGGCGGCCGGCCAGGAGCCGCGCGUCAUCGAGGCGCCGGCCACUUUCGUGUUCCACCACGCCAACGCCUUCCAGUCCACCACACAGGACGGCCGCCAGACGCUCACGCUGUGA